AUGGCCACUGCGAAUAAUAUCUUAGAGGGCAAGUACCCUGCGAAGGCGCAUGCGCGCCGGGUUGCCCAGUACCUUCGCUCUCAAGGCCAUGCCGGUUCUGGUCUUAUCUAUCUCGAAGCGCAAAAAACGCGCAUGAUCGAGGACAACGACGAGGCGAUGCCUUUCAGGCAACGUCGUCCGUUCUUCUAUCUUUCGGGUUGUCAUCUCCCGGACUCUUACUUGAUAUACGAUGUCCACAAGGACGAACUGACGCUCUUCAUCCCUCCUAUCGACCCCGAAUCUGUCAUUUGGUCCGGUCUGCCUCUUUCCUCCUCGGAUGCUUUGAACACUUACGAUAUCGACCGCGCGCUGCCUACCACUGAUCUUAAUGAUACUCUCGCUUCAGUCGCCUCUGAAUAUAAUGGGAAAGCAACCGUGUUUGCAAUUAACCACCAGAUCUCCGAGACAACGAGCUUUAACGGCUUCGCCGAGACCAAUCGUUCUUCUCUAAUGAAGGCGAUUGACGAUACCCGUGUGGUAAAGGAUGAUUACGAGGUGGCUCUCAUCAGAAAGGCAAAUAGCAUCUCUGCUAAGGCUCACAUCGAGGCCAUCAAGGCGUCUAAGACAGCAAGCAGCGAGCGUGAGAUCGAAGCGGCGUUCAUUGGAACCUGCAUCGCCAAUGGGUGUCGGGAACAGUCCUAUCACCCUAUCGUUGCAUGCGGGGAAAAUGGAGCCACUCUUCACUAUGGCAAAAACGACGACAACUUGAUUGAUUCUACGUCAAAGCAGAGGAAGAAGAGCGUGCUCAUCGAUGCAGGUGGUGAAUACCAAACAUACGCUUCCGAUAUCACUCGUGUUUUCCCUCUGUCCGGAAAGUUCGCACCGGAGACCCGCAGCAUCUAUGAGAUUGUUCUACAAAUGCAGGUUGAAUGCAUUGAGAUGCUCAAAGCAGGAGUCCAGUGGGAAGAGGUUCAUUCGCUUGCGCACCGCAUUGCCAUAAGAGGACUGCUAAAGCUGGGGAUCCUGCGAGGCACUGAAGAUGAGUUAUUUGAGAAACGUGUCAGUGUCGCUUUCUUCCCACACGGUCUUGGACACUACUUGGGAAUGGACACCCAUGAUACCGGGGGUAACCCGAACUACGAUGAUAAGGAUUCCAUGUUCAGGUACCUUCGAGUGCGUGGUCGUCUUCCUGCCGGCUCUGUUGUAACUGUUGAGCCCGGUAUUUACUUCUGCCGCUUCAUUAUUGCGCCUUUCUUGGAGUCUCCAGAGCUGAACAAAUACAUUGACGCCGAGGUCCUUGAGCACUACUGGAGCGUCGGUGGGGUACGUAUCGAGGACAAUGUGCUCGUCACCAAUGAUGGCUAUGACAAUCUCACAACCGCACCGAAAACCAUCGAGGAGGUGGAAGCAUUGGCUGCAUGA